AUGGCUUCCAAUCAUCCAAGUACUUUCUCUGCUACAAAAAUGACAUCAACGAAAAAUGGAAAGGAUGAAGAAGAAGUUUAUUUGUUUGUGGAUUGGGCUAACGUGUAUAAACAAGCAAUUAAACAAGUGCUCUGUGGUUCAAAACCCUCAACAAUACCUGAAAUCAACGAUACAUUUGAACAGCGUAUUGCAAAGUUUAUUGAAAAAAUGUAUGGUAAAUUUACUGAAAAAUACAUUACAUCACGAUUAAAGAAUUUGUUUGAUAUUCUUGAUAAAUCAGACAAUGCCCAGAAACCUGACUACGAGCAAAUGAAAAUUGAUUUGCUGGAAGUAGACAAACGUGAACAGUUUGUUGAAACACAUCUGCGGAAAGCUAAACAGCAAACUGAUCGUUUUGUGCUACAUCCGCAUGAUUUAUUACAAAUCGCUUGUCGUGUACCAUCUUAUGACAAACACCCACCGAGAGAGAGGUGUUUUUUAUUUGGAUCCUAUCCAUCGGACGUUGAUACCACAAUUGAUCCACUAUGGAAACGAUCUGAAUCCAGUCAAAGUACAAAUAUGCCAAAAGCUGAACGUGACAAAGAAGCGACUUAUUUGUCCCAAGAGAAAAGGCUUAUUGAACGAUUUAAUAAGUAUUAUAUGGUAGAAGAAUUUCAACGUGUAGCGACUGGUGAUGACGGUUAUGAACGUGAAAAAGGUGUUGAUAUUGCUGUUGCUGUUAAAAUAGUUGAUACGCUUCGUAUUUGUCCUGAAGAAAAGCGUCAUAUUCGUAUUGUUUUAGUAUCAGCUGAUUCUGACUUUGAGCCACUUAUCAAAUAUCUCAUCGCAAAUAAUGUUUCUAUCGAAGUUUGGUGUUGGAGAAAUGGUAUUGGGCGAAAAUAUCGUGAAUUUUUAACACAAAAUGAUAUACUCAGUUAUCUUGAUGGUUUUCUUUAUCAAUUAGGGCAUGUAACUGGUUUAGAACAUAAAUACUCAAUCAAAUUUUAUCGCGAUGAUGAUCGUCAGUUUCCCAAUUCAAGUUUACAAACUAUUUUCAAUAAAUUGAGUCACUAUAAAAUUUCAAGUACACUUAGUGAAAAGUUUUCAACAUCAGAGUUUGUUUUACACUGGAGUAAUGUAGCAGUAACCAUUUCAUUUUUAACAGAACAAAAACGUGAAGAAUUUCGUCAAUGGCUUGGAAGUAGUGGUGAUAGACUUGCUCAAGAUAUGAAGCAAUUAAAAUGGGAAACAUCGUUGUUUGACAAAAAAGCAGAAAAAAUGCAUAAAACAGAAAACGAUUCUUUCGAUAUGUCUUAA